CCUCGGACCAGCAGAAGUUCCACCAGACCCCUCUUCGAUGUCCCCGUUUUAUGCCUGUGUCCUUCAGAGUCCCCCAUGAUUUAAGGUAUAUUGCUAAGGCACUGUUUGCUCCCACCGAAUGCGACCUCUGGGAGAUUCAUUGGAAAAAACUGUUGAAACCACUCCUGCGCAAGUAUGAUCUCGCAGAGGUGGUGGGAGAGGGGGAUGAGGCAAUGGAAGCCCUUGCUGGAGAAGGGGAGUUCAGCAGUCCGGAGGACCAAAUUCUACUAGCACAGGAGCUGCUUCAGGACAUAGCAGCAGCGGGAAAGGAGGCACUCCUGAAGAUACCGGAUGCGACAAGGGUACCAGCCAGCGGGAAACUGGCGGCGAAGCGCGAGGAAGGGCCGCGCGAUGACACCAAGUGGCCCUUCUCAGCAUCCCAGCCUCCCGACCAUCAGGGAGGACGAGUGGCCGCGUGGCCAAGUCCAGCAGUUCAGCGCAGCCACGAGGACGGACUCCGCCUCUUCCGCCGGACAGGUACCCUAAAUCAGGGCAAUCAUCAGGUCCUCCGCAGCAGCGUCACCAUCUCUCUCCAGGAUGAGGACCUGACGAGAAUUCCUGCUGGGUUCCUGGGCCCCCUCCACGACUGUCGGGACACCACCGUGCUCAUCUUAGAAGACUCCUUCAACACGCCAAAUGAAAUCACCAUCUUAGCUGAGGGAAAGUCGGUGCAGAUGCGGCUCAUGGCAGACACAGGAGCUGACGUGACCAUCAUCCCCCAGGUGAGGUGGCCCAGCGACUGGGAGCUUGUGCCCCCUUGCGGCAGGAUCUCCGGUGUGGGCGGAGCGGUCCACUCUCUGAGGAGUAGGCAUCUUGUGUGCGUGGAAGGUCCGGAAGGACAAUUGGCAACGACUUUUGUAGCGCAGAUUUUAUCACCUGUGCGUCGGCUUUUCCCUGAGGCCAUCAUCCUGCAUGACAUGGAUGAUGUGCUAGUUUGUGCUUCCGACUCGACAUACCUAAAGGCAACACUGGACAAGACUAUUAAGGCUAUCAAAGCUGCAGGGCUCCAGAUAGCAGAAGAGAAGAUCCAAUUCUCAGCACCAUGGAGGUACCUCGGAUUCCUCAUCACGGGAAGGACAGUGACGCCACAGACACUGACCAUCAACAAGGAUCCGAAGACUCUGCGAGACCUUCAGCAGCUGUGCGGAACGAUCACCUGGAUCCGCCCCCUCCUGGGACUGACGACUGAGGAGCUGUCACCUCUCUUCUGUCUGCUUCGAGGCGACGGAGACCUCGCCUCACCACGCGAGCUGACACCUGCCGCGCGGGAAGCCCUGCAACGGGUUGCUGUUGCUCUGAAGUCUCGCCAGGCACACCGCGUGGUCCGGACCCUUCCCGUGAACUUCGCGGUGUUGGGUAAGUGCCCCCACCUCCAUGGGCUUCUCUUCCAGUGGGAUAACAGAGCAUCUGAUCCCCUGGUCAUCUUAGAGUGGCUCUUCCUCCCACACCAGCCCUCUAGGACGAUCACGACCCCUGCAGAAUUGCUAGCCACUUUAAUAAUGAAGGCACGACACCGCCUCUGAACCCUCGCAGGGUGUGACCCUGAGUGCAUUUACUUACCUGUUAGAUUAGAUCAAUUGGACUCGUUGUUGCAAACUAAUGAAAAUUUGCUCAUUGCUCUGGACAGCUUCCCCGGACAAAUUUCGGUUCACUAUCCUAAGCAUAAAUUGUUUAAGGAUACAUUGCAUUUGGCCCCGAGAAUGUUUAAAAGCAAAACACCAAUUCCAGGUGCUCUCACGGUGUUCACCGAUGAGUCGGGCAGAUCCCACAAAUCGGUGAUCACUUGGAAGGACCCGGACAGUCAGAAGUGGGAGUCUGACGUCCAAGUGGUUGAGGGUUCCCCCCAGAUGGCGGAACUUGCCGCAGUCGUGAGAGCAUUCAAAAAAUUUCAACAGCCUCUGAAUGUGGUCACUGAUUCGGCCUAUGUCGCUGGGCUAGCAGAAAGGGCCGAAGGUGCCCUCCUCAAAGAAGUUUCAAACACAAAUUUAUACCGUUUACUCUCUGAUCUCAUUUGGCUACUUUCCCAUAGAGAGCAACCUUAUCAUAUCAUGCACGUAAGGGCACACACCGAUUUACCCGGAGAGAUCACUGAGGGUAAUCGGAAAGCGGACCUCCUAGCCAUGUCAACACAAAUAUCUGCAACCGCUUCAACCACCUUACCAGACAUACUCCGGUAAGCGUGGCUCAGCCGUGCAUUUUACCACCAGAAUGCCCCGGCUCUAAUGCGACAGUUUAAGAUCUCGAUAGCACAGGCAAGAACCAUUGUUUCUACCUGCCCGAGCUGCCAGUCUUUCGCUCUUCCUUCCCUCAUUUCGGGGACAAAUCCCCGAGGGUUGGGAGCGCUAGAGAUAUGGCAGACAGAUGUAACACACUUCGAGCCGUUUGGUCGGAUGAAAUACAUACAUGUCUCUAUUGACACGUUUUCCGGCGCAGUGUUUGCCUCCGUCCAUGCAGGCGAAAAAACCAGGGAUGCCAUGAAACAUCUUUUCAUGGCAUUCUCUACGUUGGGAGUCCCAUCUCACAUAAAAACUGAUAAUGGCCCAUGCUAUGCGUCAAAGCGCUUCGGUGAGUUUGCGCAACAGUGGGGAAUUUCCCAUACCACCGGAAUUCCCCACAAUCCUACAGGACAGGCGAUAAUAGAGAGGGCCCACAGAAAUCUAAAAAGGCUCCUUGAACAACAACAUAAGCCGGACAUUACAGUGAGCCCAGCCGAAAGGUUAUGUAAGGCCCUGUAUGUCCUGAAUUUUUUAAACUGCUCAGAAAGGGAGCCUGACCCUCCUAUUAUCCGCCAUUUUCACAAUAACACCAGAGCGCAACUCGCCGAGAGGCCACCAGUCUUGAUAAAGGACCCAGAAUCCAAAGCUAUCCAGGGCCCUUUCCCUCUAAUAACCUGGGGGAGAGGGUAUGCCUGUGUUUCUACAGAUAAAGGACCAAGAUGGAUUCCGGGGAAAUAUGUCAAGCCCUUCGUAGAGGUGCCAGCUCAGCAAGACAACGUGUCCUUGGUGCAAAGCACCGAGAACACCUCAUCGCUGGACGGAGUUUCCACUGCCUGGAAGAGGAGGAGAAGAAAGACCGUUCCUCCCAAUAUCGUCACACGUGUCAUGAUUACCCGAAGAUAUUUUCCCCCGCUGAACUCUAUGUACCCAAUUACCCCAUCGCCCCCUGUACCCUUUCCUUUCCCCUAACCUCCCCUUUCCCUCAAUCCUUACCCCUUUUCUCUAAUUUUAUUUAGUGCUUAUUUAGUAAAUAAAAACGGGGGAGGUUGGGGAGGGACCACUGAGGAAAAUUUAUCAUUCAAGUUAUGCUU